AGAGACACCAAGAAAAUGUAUGCCAUGAAAUACAUGAAUAAACAGAAGUGCAUUGAGAGAGAUGAAGUUCGGAAUGUUUUUCGGGAGCUACAGAUCAUGCAAGGCCUAGAGCAUCCCUUCCUAGUCAACCUGUGGUAUUCCUUUCAAGAUGAAGAAGACAUGUUCAUGGUGGUUGAUCUCUUGCUUGGAGGAGACCUGAGGUACCAUUUGCAGCAGAAUGUUCACUUUAAUGAAGGAACCGUCAAACUGUACAUCUGUGAGCUGGCACUUUCCCUGGAUUAUUUGCAGAGAUACCACAUCAUUCACAGGGAUAUCAAACCUGACAACAUAUUACUGGACGAGCAUGGACAUGUUCAUAUCACUGACUUUAACAUUGCAACCAUAGUAAAAGGCUCAGAAAAGGCUUCAUCUAUGGCUGGCACAAAGCCCUACAUGGCUCCAGAAGUGUUCCAGGCCUUUAUGGAUGGAGGUCCAGGAUACUCAUACCCUGUUGACUGGUGGUCUCUAGGAAUUACAGCAUAUGAAUUGUUGAGGGGUUGGAGGCCAUAUGAAAUUCAUUCAGCCACCCCCAUUGAUGAGAUACUCAACAUGUUCAAGAUAGAAAGAGUCCACUACUCAUCUACAUGGUGCAAGGGCAUGACAGCAUUACUAAAAAAGCUCCUCACCAAGGACCCAGAGUGCCGUCUUUCAAGUCUUGCAGAUAUCCAAAGCUCUCCAUACUUAGUUGAUGUCAACUGGGAUGCUGUUCUGGAUAAAGCUGUGACUCCAGGCUUCAUUCCUAAUAAAGGAAGACUGAACUGUGAUCCAACAUUUGAACUUGAAGAAAUGAUCUUGGAGUCCAAGCCCCUUCACAAAAAGAAAAAGCGACUUGCCAAAAACAAAUCCAAGGAUGGAACUAAAGAAAGCUGCCCUCUGAACGUACACCUGCAGCAGUGCUUGGAAACUGUUAGGAAAGAAUUCAUCAUAUUCAACAGAGAGAAACUAAGAAGGCAGCAGGAUCAAAGCGGGCAGACUUCCAGCACAGACAGCAGAGCAUCCUUGCAGAGCCAUGGGAAGCUUCAAGAUGGACGUAACAACAACUUGCUUGGACAUGGCUGUACAAGAGGCUGCAGCAGCUAG